UGAAGCCACUCCAUCUAGAAAGAAAAGCAUUACCACCAUUAGACAAUCGUUUCUGUAUCAUGCAAUUUCUGCUAAAUAAAUUUUUGUUAUUUAUUCUCAUAGUUUCCUUGUUACUUAUUCUAAUAGCUUCAAAGAUAUUCAAAGUAGUACCCUGCCAGUAGUGUAAUUUUUGUACUUACAACUCGUGCAAUGAAUGUAGAUAUUAUCGCACGACAUGUGCAAGAAUAUUUAUAAGACUCAACUUAUAAAUAAUUUGUGUGUAAUUAUUACCAAAGUAUUCCCAUCGAACGUAUAUCUCUAUAAAUAGUGUUAAACGUAUAGACAUUCGAGUAAUCUACGGUGUCGACUUAAGCUCAACACGUCUGAAUCUACCAGGAUCUCUUCGCCAAAAAUAUCCAGAACAAUGAACUUCGUAGUGUUCGCGUUUAUCCUGAUCUGUUGCCAUGUCUGGGCAAUUGAAAAUAUUACGAGAAAGAAUAACUUUGGACAAGCCAAUAAACCAUCUGUUACGCACAGUUCAGUUAUUAUGACCAAUUUCCUUGAACGACUUAGGCCCAUUUUACGAACCGGAAACAGUACACUCGGAAUUCCGAUUAUUGAUCCGUUUACUGCAAAAUAUAUGUUUUUCAAUUUUAACGAUACUGGAAAUAUAGAACUCGAAACGCAUUUGUCAAAUGUUAAAGUAGAUGGAUUGUCCUUAUACGAAAUUAUUAACGAUGACUGUAACUUAUUUGAUAUGGAAGCCGAAAUUGAUUUGUGUUGGCAAGUGAUUAAUGUGAAUACAAGUUGUCACAUGAAUGGCAACGCCUUCGGCUACGAUGUUGAUGGAAAUGGAGAUGUAACAAUAGCCAUAAAAAACUACAGAUUUCAAAGUAAAAUUUGUAUGGAACUGUAUCAGGGCCAUAUCCAAAUUAUAUCAAUGUCAACGAAUAUGACUAUGACAGAAUUUGAUUUUCAUGUAACAGGCCUCUUUAAUAAUGAUAAACAAUCUACAGAGUUCAGCAGGACAAUCUCCGAAAUGGUGCCUAAAGUGAUCAAUACUGAUCAAACGUUUGUGGAUAAUAUUAAUAAUUACACCAUGCAGAUUAUAAAUGAAUAUCUGUCCACUACUUCGUUUACGGAUCUAUUAAACUUCAUAGAAUAAGUGUGUACUAUCUUUUUGUCAUGUCCUUGCCACACUAUCGUUCGAUUAGUCAUUUCUAUAAUCAAGAUUCCAAUCAAUUGAACGAUACAUAUGUAUGCACAGAAAAAACGUUAACGGCAAAUUAAAACUAAUAUAUUCUGUUCACAAUCAUUGUUUCAUAUAUAAGC